AUGGAAGAAGCAGCAGCAAGUGGAUCAGGGACAUACAAUAUUCCUAAUGCAGAAAUGAAGGAAGAAGUUGAGAAGUUAUUAAAAGAAUCUCAUGAAAACCGAAACAAUGCCUCUGCUGUCAGGACAUCCAAUAUUCCUAAUGCAGAAAUGAAGGAAGAAGCUGAGAACUUUUUAAAAGAAUCUCGUGAAAACCUAAACAAUGCUGUUGCUUUCAGGACAUCCACUAUUCCUAAGGCAGAAAUGAAGGAAGAAGUUGAGAAGUUUUUAAAAAAAUCUCAUGAAAAUCGAAACAAUACCUCUGCUAUCAAGUCAGAUGAACAAUCACAUAAACAUAAGGAAGAAGCUGAAAAGUUUUUAAAAGAAUCUCGUGAAAACCUUGUCAAGUCAGAUGAACAGUCACAUGAACAUAGGGAUGAACAUGAACAAGGGGAUGAACAUAGGGAAGAAGUUGGAAGAAGUUGA